GUAUCGUGCGUCAAAAUACCCUUAGUGGAGGGUGCCAUCAGCCAACCGGCAGCUCGUAAUGGACGACAAGAACGCCUCUCUUCAUUUCAGUUGGACUGGAGGCAUGUCAACGAAUGGAGGGUCCAUACGUGCAUAGGCAACUACACGUGUCGCAUCGCGUUGCUGCGACGCUGUGCUGAUGUCGUAUGCAGGUAUAUGGCGGCAAUGAUCCUGAGACGAAGGACCCCAUCGACUCCAUUCCCACGAAGCGCUUCGAGCACUCCAUCGUGCUUGCGGAAACGCCGUAAGCCACAUCCACGCAGACUUAGUCCCUCUGUAUGUGUCGCUCAUCUCUCUUUUACUUCAUGCUGCAGCCACUCACCCGUCGACUCCUGGCUGUAUGAUCGCGUUGAGGCCAUCGACAAGAAAGACAAAGCCAAGGGGAUGAGCGCCGCCCUGCUGUCAUCUUGAGGCUCAAAUCUGGGAGCCAUGCGCACACCUGCGCAUGCACCCGUCGACUUGGAGUGUGUGUCUAUCAUGAAUGGCUCUGUGUGCACACCUCCGCAUGCACGCGUCGACUUGGAGUGUGUGUCUAUCAUGAAGGACUCUGUGCGCACCCCUGCGCAUGCACGCGUCGACUUGGAGAAGUGUGUGUAUAUGAUGAUUGUCUCUGUGCGCACACCUGCGCAUGCACAUUUAGACUUGGGGUGUGUUCUGUAUGCGCACACCUGCGCAUGCACGUUUGGACUUGGAGGGUGUGUAUAUGAUGAAUGUCUCUGUGCGCACACCUGCGCAUGCACGUUUGGACUUGCGUGUGUAAAUAUGAUGAAUGUUUGUGUGCGCACACCUACGCGUACACGCGUCGACUUGGAGUGUGUGUAUGUAAUGAAUGGCCUUGUGCGCACACCUGCGCAUACACGAUUGGACUGGGAGAGUGUGUGUGUGUGUGUGUGUCUACGAUGAAUGUGCGCACACUGCGCAUGCACGAUUGGACUUGGAGUGGGUAUAUACGAUGAAUGUCUCUGUGCGCAGGUGUCCCUGUGCGCACACCUGCGCAUACACGUGUCGACUAAGAGUGUGUGUGU